CCAAAGUCUGACAGUCGCACGCUUUCUAGCGUUGCAACCAGUCGAUUCACUUGGUUCUGGAACUAAUUCGUAGUUCAAAUUUACGCCUCGACUAUUUUGCACUGCAUGCGAUGGCCGAUGCCAGCCGCGAGUACGACCUCCAAGCCGACCAUGCUAAUUUCCCCGCAUUUCACCGGUGCGGGUCGAUCGCGUGUCUCUCGUCCAUCCCCGAUUCUCCGGCGAAUCCAAGGUUCAUAGGGCAGACCCCGGUCCGGCAUGGGGUUUGUGGCAACGAUCAGCAGGGAUGAAAAGCGAGACACGAGAUGAUCCUGGUCUCCGUUCAGAAAACCCCGGAUCCUCACUCUUGAAGCUGCAUCUGCCAGUCAGCAGCACAACAUUCGACCGACAUACUGUACCUUCCCUUCUGCGGAACCCCUACGGAUAAUUUGGACUGGGACACACCGAGAGCCAAGAUUACCAAAUGCUUAUCCUCGAUCAUUCCAGAGGGCCUGACAUAUUAUCUCACCGUCAUUGACAAAGGUGAUCGGAGCAAUCACAUUUUGCCAAGACCCCAGCUCCGAACUUUCUCCCCCCGGGACUACAGCCUCGGCUGUAUCCUGUCCCCCUGCCAUUUGCCCACAUUCCUGAACCCGACGGAGAUGCGGGCGGCGAAAUGAACGUGGCACACGGGACCAGAGCGCCUCCUUGUCCAGGGGGGGUAUACUCGCCGGCCCGUGGCGUCCAACCAGCGUCAGCCCCACUCCAAUCAGCACGGCCGCUAGCAGGAUAAGGGCGGCGCUAAGGUUCAACCCUCUCCAGACCCAGUAUCGCUAACGUUCGGGGGGGGGGGGGGAAGGGAGGGGACGCCCCUGCUCCCGAGAGGGCCCUUCCAAGGCUCGCCCAGCCCACCCGCAACCGGCUUAUCGCUAACAAGCUCGUGCCCAUGGCGAAUUCCCGUUGGCAAAUUUGGGGAACGGGUGGACCUGCGGACCUUGGCCAAAAUAGAGAUGGGAGAUACAGCAUCCAAGCAGCUUCGCAGCACGUUAUCAAUGCAACUCGCUUGUUUCCCCCAAUCUCCGCCCGAGCUUUCCCUGGACCCUCUUCUCCUCCCGGGCUCCUCCGUUCCCUUAGUCUUUCGGCGCAAUCGACUGCCGUACUAUCGUGGACGCGAGCAGCGUUGACGAUCAUCGGGAUUGCCGACGAGCAUAAUUAACAUGCCGUGGACGCGCCAUGGUGGCCAUGGGUGGCGGGCUUCAUUGCGUGUCCCGGAGCCGUCUGGACUAAUCAUCAUCCUUUGGGCCACAUUCGUGUUAGGUCACAUAGGCGCAUGCCCGCAGAUUCGGACGAGUGGUGAAAGUGUGUUCCAGCCGUCGAGCCAUCGAGUCAGCCCAAAAGUCUUGGCACUUUGGCAGUGGAUCAAAGCGGAAAGAUCAACUUCCGCCGCCACCAGCAGAACAGGAAGUAAAGGCAGCCAGGAUCGUGAUACGGACGGAGUGUAGGAUAUUUGGGGAUAUCAAAGGUGGAAGGUGACCCAAGGGAGGGGGUAGUAAGGAGUAAGCCGGGGGGGGGUCCAAGUGGGAUCGUACGGUUCUGACUGGUCCCCAAGGGCAAAUCAACGCCAAAGAAAAAGAAGAACGCUGCACAGAGCCGACUGACAAAGUCGAUGGACUGAGAGCACGGCCCCGGGAUUCUUUGUGUAACUGACGAUUGAUUGGGCUAAUGGCAAGGAAUUGGCCAGAAUUUCCAGGACGUGCAGGACGGGCUCGACUCUGUCGAUUGGGUCCGCUCGGCGCGUGAUGGUUCGAUACUGCUUAAUUCCUUCUUCGACCUUCCUAAUUCUAUUAUUCUGCCUUUUUUUUUUCUUUAAUUUAACAUUUUGGGCCGUUUUGACUUCCACAAGCUUCAUAUCCCGUUGCGGCUUCGUUUCGAAGGCAUCGAGAAGUAUGGAAUCGGCCAUUCCAAACCAAACGUCCAACUUGGCCGAACCCAGCGCUUGCUUCUUCGUCUCUCGCAACUCGACAAACAAAUUGACGAGUCACUGACUAUCAGCUAUCAUCCUCGUACGACCUUGACACACUCCUAUCGGUCACGGAAUCGAAGAUUCGCCUCCUCGUGGUUGUGUUUACUCUCUUAGUCUCCUUUUAGUCUUCCCUUCGCGCAUCCACUGGCCUUCCCCCACCCCAGUUUCCUCUUUGCCUGUGCACUUUCUCCCCCCACUUCUGCUGGACUUUCCUCCUAUCACGUCCUUCAGUGGCCUUGUCGUCGGUGCGCUUAUCCUAACCGGCUCGAUUGGGGUUACAUCCAUGCUCCAUUUGGUCUCAGAUAUCCUUUGACUCGUUUACUGGGGGCGAUAAGGCGGAAUACCGUCGGGGUCGUUCAGGAGCUGUCAAACAGCGAGAAAGAGAGAGAGAGAGAGAGAGAGAGCAGGCAAUCGCGCUUGCUUUAAAGCAAGUCAAAUUACCGGACAGCUUUUUGGUUUCCUUUCUUUUUUUCUCCCUCCGUUUUCUCUCUCAUCCCUCGUUGGCCCCAGUUUGGAUCUUCCACGAUCUGUGACCCGCGCCUCGCCAUGGAGAAGACAGAUCCCGAUGUCGCGGUGACCACCGGCGCCGAGGUCGAUGAGACUGCGCCCAGUGAGAUGAUCAACAAGUUGCGCCAUUUGAAGGAUCAUCAUCACUGGGACCCCAACUUGCCCCAAGAUGUCGAGGAGGAACUGGAUGAGGCCCUGCACACGUCCGACAAGGGUGCCCAGGUCGGCAUCGCUCAUGAACUGUUGGAUAACUCCAUCUACCCCGAAGUGCGCGCUGCCGUCCCCAACGUCGAUGAGGGAGGUCACAGCAAUACCCUUCGUGCUUGGGUCAUUGGUAUGCUCUUUGCGACGAUCGGUUCCGCGCUGAACAUGCUGUUCUCCAUGCGUCAGCCCUACAUUGUCAUUCCCUCGUACAUCGCCCAGGUCGUGGCUUACCCCGUUGGUAAGGCCUGGGAGAAGUUCAUGCCAGCCAAGAAGUUCAAGUUCUUCGGCAUCGAAUGCAACCUUAACCCCGGAGUCUUCAGCAAGAAGGAGCACGCGCUAGUGGUCAUCAUGGCGAACGCCACAUUCGGUGGUGGCGCUGCUUAUGCCACGGAUGUCCUGUUGGCUCAGCGUGCCUUCUAUAAACAGAAGUUUGGCUGGGCGUUCGAGAUCUUCAUGUGUAUCUCGACCCAGAUGCUGGGUUUCGGUAUGGCCGGAUUCUUCACCAAGUUCCUGGUCCAGCCCGCGGCCAUGAUCUGGCCCUCGACCCUGAUCAACACCGCCCUCUUCUCGGCUCUCCAUGACCGAACCAAGCCCGACCCGCGCAAGGUGAGCGGCUGGAAGAUCGGUCGUUACCGUCUGUUCCUAUACACCAUGAUUGGCUCGUUCUGCUGGUACUGGUUCCCCGGAUACAUUGCUCCCUUCCUGAGCGUGUUCGCCUGGGUGACCUGGAUCAAGCCCCAGAAUGUCAUCGUCAACCAGCUGUUUGGUGGCUGGACCGGUCUGUCUUUGAUCCCCAUGACCUUUGACUGGACUCAGAUCUCCGGCUUCAACUUCAGUCCCCUGAUUGCCCCUUGGUACGCCAUGGCCAACACCCUGAUCGGCAUGGUCCUCUGGUUCUGGAUCGUCACCCCUGCCAUUCACUACUCUGGCUUGUUCUACUUCAAGUACCUGCCGAUCAGUGACUCGGGCAGCUACGACAACACCGGAGGCAGCUAUAACGUCUCCAAGAUUCUGACCCCCGAGUUCACGUUCGACCCCGAGAAGUACAAGAACUACUCCCCGCUCUUCUUGUCCACCACCUUCUCCCUGAGCUACGGUCUGUCCUUUGCUGGUAUCAUUGCCGUUAUUAUCCACACUGUCCUCUUCCACGGCCCCGAUCUCUGGGCUCGUUUCCGUGCCGUCAACGCCGUUGAAGAAGAGGAUGUGCACAGCCGCCUCAUGUCUCGUUUCAAGACCGUUCCCCUCUGGUGGUAUGGUGUCGUUACUUUGAUCAUGAUCGGCAUGGCUCUGGGUGUGACUCAGGGCUUCGAGACCCAUCUGAGCUGGUGGGCAUUCUUCAUUUCUCUGAUCAUUGCCGUUCUUUGGUUCGUGCCUCUCGGAAUCGUCAAGGCCUCGACCAACAUCGAUAUUGGUCUCAAUGUCUUGACUGAGUUCAUCAUCGGUUACAUGCAGCCCGGUCGCCCAAUGGCCAUGAUGCUGUUCAAGACCUACGGAUAUAUGAGCAUGUACCAAGGAAUGUACUUCACUCAGGACUUGAAGCUCGGCCACUACAUGAAGAUUCCUCCCCGUGUUACCUUUGCCGCCCAGAUGGUCGCCGGUGUCUGGUCCUCGCUCGUGCAAAUCGCCGUGAUGAACUGGGCGCUGGGCGCCAUCAAGGACGUCUGCACCCAGCACCAGGCCAACCACUACAGCUGCCCCAACGGCCGUGUCUUCUUCAAUGCCUCCGUCAUCUGGGGUGUGAUCGGUCCUGCCCGCAUCUUCUCCGUCGGCCAGCUUUACUCCCCCCUCAUGUUCUUCUGGAUUGCCGGCGCGGUUCUCCCCGUCGCGAUCUACUUCGGUGCCCGCGCUCUCCCCCGCUCCCCAAUCCGCUACCUCUCCGCACCCCUGAUCUUCAGUGGAGCUGGUCUCAUUCCUCCCGCCACUCCACUGAACUACCUCAGCUGGGGUAUCGUGGGAUUCGUGUUCAACAAGCUCAUCCGCGACCGCUUCCGCGGCUGGUGGAUGCAAUACAACUACGUUCUCUCAGCUGGUCUGGACGUCGGCCUCGCGCUGUGCACUAUCCUCAUCUUCCUGACCCUCAACCUCACCAGCACCGACUUCCCCUCCUGGUGGGGUACCGAAAUCGCCGCCAACACCAUGGACGCGGCCGAUACCGCCAUCCAAGUCGUCCUGCCCGAGGGCCAGACCUUCGGCCCCACGACCUGGGCGUAAAGGUGCUAUUCACACGAGGUUUCCUGGAAUUCUUUCCCCGAUAGUUUGGUUGUUCGCGGAUUGAUUUUGGGAACGGUGAAUGUCAAAUGACAUUUGCGGGGGUGUGCACAUAACACGAUGGGUCGAUGCUUUCUAUUUGGUCAUUUUUUAAUGCAUGCUUGCAAUGAGAUGAUGAUUAAAAUGAUAGCUCUUUGCCCUUUUCUCUCGCGCGAGGGUAUCCUAAUAUUCAUAGCUGUCUAAUACCCAAUCAAACCAAGUUCAUAAUUACAAUUA